AUGGCGGUAAAGCAGGAAAUCGUUGACGUUAAAGAAAGCAGGAAAUCGUUGACGUUCUUGAGAUCCCUUGUCAGAGUUUCUUCUUGUCAAUUAUCCAGCAGUGGUAAAGCAAACAAGGAACUUUUGGCCAAAUUACGAAAGGAGACAGGAUUUCCAUUUUCAAAAUGUCAAACAGCUCUAGUUACCUGUAGCAAUGAUUUUGCAAAAGCAUUUGCAUGGCUUGAAGAACAGUCCAAAAAAGAGGGUUGGAAGAAAGCUGAAAAGGUCAAAGGAAGACAGACAAGUCAUGGACUCAUUGGUGCUGUUGUUCGUGAUAAUAUUGCUGCAAUGGUUGAAGUUAAUUGUGAGACAGACUUUGUUUCAAGAAAUGAAGUUUUCAGAAACCUGACAAUGGAUAUUGUAAAAGGGGCUUUGUAUUUCAAACAGAGAGUGCUACAGCAAAAUGCCCUCAUCAACUCAUUGGCUGGAGAGGAUAAUGCACAUCUUAGGGAAAUUAUACCACCCCAUGAACUUGAUCAAGUUCAAAUUGAAAAUGGACUUCUUAAAGAUAGUAUUGUGUCAGUGAUUUCUCAGCUAGGAGAAAAUAUUGUCAUUAACCGGGCAGUCACAAUUUCAACAUCAAAAACAAAUUUGAUUGGCAUCUAUGCUCAUGGUAACAAUUCAGGUCAUAUAGAUGGAGUGCAUUUCGGCAAGUAUUUGGGCCUUGUUGUACUGCAUAACAAUGGAGACCCAAAAAUAACUUCACUUGCAACUGGAUUAGCACAACAUGUUGUUGGUAUGAGGCCACAAUAUAUUGAUAAAGAGGUGAAUGACAAUGAGGCUGAAUUAGUGCUACUGAAUCAAGAGUAUCUUCUUGAUGGUGAUAUUACUGUUAGGAAUUUGCUAGAAAAGUUUAAUACCAGAGUGAUUGAUUUUUUGAGGUAUCAAUGUGGAGAAUAGAAAAUUUAUCUUUUUUAAAUUCAUAAAAAUUGA